GACAAGGGUCAGCAGAAGGCCAGUGUGGCUCAACAGGGUCAGCAGAAGGCCAGUGUGGCUCAACAGGGUCAGCAGAAGGCCAGUUUGGCUCUUCAGGGUCAGCAGGAGGCCAGUUUGGCUCAACAGGGUCAGCGGGAGGCCAGUGCGGCUGAACAUCAGGAGGAGGGCAGUGUGGGUCAAACGGGUCAGCAAGAGGGCAAUGUGGCUCCAAAGGAUGCCGAAGUCGUUCCAAAGGCUCCAGUUGUGCACCCAACA